UCUAAUGUAUCCUAAAACAAAUUAAACUGUUAAAUUAUGUGACGUGAAUUAUCAAUUUAUUUGUAAAAAAGUGACGUGACUUCAAUUUGUAUCAGUUAAGGUCAUGCAUUGCAUAAUUUGAUACAAAAAUAAAUGUUAGUGAUAACUGUUGGUGAAGCAACAUGUUAUCACACCCUCAUUUAAGACUAACGAAGGCCAACAAAAUACUAGUUAGUAUAGGACUCUCGUGAACAACUAUGGCGCGUCAAUCGGUUACUUCUUCGGAUGUUUCGCUUUCAGUGGAACCUUUCGACAUUCUCAAAGAUACAGAGAAAGGUUUUAACGAAAUAAAGUGCUUUACUUGGAAAAAUACGGCCGGGACCGAGAUUAAGGUUAUUAAUUUUGGAGCUUGUAUUACUUCUAUUUGUGUGCCAGACAAAUACAAAAAGUCCAGGGAUAUAGCGGUAGGAUUUGACACUUUGGAUGGGUAUGUAAAACCCAACAAUCCCUACUUCGGUGCUACGAUUGGAAGGUUUGCUAACAGGAUUGGGAAAGGAAAAAUGAAAAUUGAAAACCAAGAGUACCAAUUAGCUACGAAUAAUGGAGACAACCAUUUACACGGAGGGAUCAAAGGAUUCGAUAAGGUCGUCUGGGACUACUCCAUUACUGGAAACCAACUCACUUUAAGUUAUCUUUCGCCAGAUCUAGAAGAAGGCUAUCCUGGUUCUUUAGUGGUAAACGUAACGUUCGAGCUUACCGUCAGUAACAUGUUUAUUAUAAACUACAAGGCGAUGACUACAAAACCGACUGUUGUAAACCUAACAAACCAUUCGUACUUUAACUUAGCAGGUAAUGAUGCUGGGGCUAAGGAGCUGUACGAGCAUGUUGUUAAAAUUAAUGCUGACCAUAUUACGCCCGUUGAUGAUUCUCUUAUACCUACAGGUCAGUUUGAAAAAGUCGAGGGUACGGCAUUCGAUUUUAGACACCCCGUUCGUCUGGGUGACGUAAUCAACCAGGUUCCCAACUCACCCGGCUUCGAUCACAAUUUCUGUGUCAAUCAGGAAAGUGCUCGGAAAGACGCAGAUAAUUUAGUCGCAAGCGUCCUUCAUCCAGCUACUGGUAGAACUAUAGAGGUGUAUAGUGAUCAGCCCGGAGUGCAGUUUUAUACCGGAAACUUUUUGCCCGAAAACAACAGCCUUCCUGGGAAGGAUGGUGGGUUUAUCAAAAAACACGGAGCGUUUUGUUUGGAGACUCAAAUUUAUCCUGAUUCUGUUAAUCAAGAAAACUUUCCGAGUCCUCUGCUAUAUCCUGGAGAAGUAUAUGAAACCACAACUAAAUUUAGGUUUUCUACAAAAAUGUUAUAAAUAAAGUUUAUGAGUUGUAAAAUACUAACGAUGUCAUUUUAUCGUUUUAAUUAAAGUAUGUUGUUGCUAUUGGAAAAUGGUGGUACUUUUUAACUACUUUUUGUUUAUCGCAAAAUAAUAUUUAAAUACCUUCUUUGACUUGUUAACAAAAUUCUUCUUUGAUAUGGAGGCGAAAUUUAAAAACCAAAUAAAAUUCAUAUAAAAA